CGAUGCACCAGUUUCAUCUCCAGCUUGACCCCCUGAGCCCCCUGCCAAUCCCUCCGGUUCCAUCCGUGCCGACCGAGCAGGAGGCAUCGGUACUGCGUCCACCCAGUGGCCCCGCCAGGGUGGUCAAGAAGGCCGAUGGAAAACUCACAGACCUCGAGGAUUUUUUCAACACCACCACAAGCGACACCUAUCCGCGGCGGGAUAUCAAAGGACGGCAUGACACAUGGGAAAGCCAGCAGAUGCAGCAGAUUCGAAUCAACCGAGGGUACAUGACUGGCGGAGGCUGGAUCAAACUCAGCGGGCCGGAUGGAGAGGAUGACUCGUCGUCGACAUUUCGAGACUCAUACCACCAUCCCAAGUCAAUUCUGCCUCCGGUAGAGUCUCUGCACUUUGCCGGUAUCCGAUUGACGGAGCUGCUCCUCGCCGGAAAGAAGGGCCACAAGCACCUCCCAAAGCGAGUGCUGCUGCCGGCCCUCGACGACACCACCCAGGCUCUGCGCCAGUCGGCAUUGAUGUCCAAUCUCGAUGUUCCUGUCGCACGAAAGCGUCCUGGUGUCGUUCGGCCCUCGAAUCUACCUCGCACCUGGGUCGAGCACUGGGACAUCUUGAAUGGGGCCCAUGUUGCCCGGUUUGGGUCCAUGGCCGUACCGGAAUCAAACCCGCAUUUCACCCAUUGAUCUGUCUCUCCAACCGCUGCACCACCGCCCGAUUCAGCAACAAUGAUACUUUGGACCAUGUGUGCCAGUGGCAAUUGGGACAACAGACAGGGCA